AUGAGCCUAAGCCACGGAGAUCUCGCCAAUCACAACACCCGUCUAGUGAGCUUACUCAAUGUCUGCAGAAAAGCUCCUUCCUUUGCACGAACCAAAGCUCUCCACGCGCUCUCCAUCACGUUAUGCUAUACCCUUCAGCAACCCGUUUACAUCUGCAACAACAUCAUCUGCCUCUACGCGAAGCUUGGCGAUGUUUCGUGUGCAGGCAAGGUGUUCGAUCAAAUGCGUGAGAGAAACAGAGCGUCCUUUAACACGAUCAUUAGCGGGUUUAGCAAAUGCGGGUAUGCGGAGAAAGCUUCUGGAGUUUUCUCUGAGAUGAGGGAAUUUGGAUAUUUGCCGAAUCAGUUUACGGUUGGUGGUUUAUUGUCCUGUGCAUCGUCGGAUGUUCGUGCUGGGACUCAGUUGCACGGUUUGAGCUUGAAGUAUGGGUUGUUUAUGGCUGAUGCAUUCGUCGGUACUGAAUUGUUGUGUUUGUAUGGAAGGCUUGGGUUACUGGAAAUGGCGGAACGGGUUUUUGAAGAUAUGCCUUUGAAGAGCUUGGUGACAUGGAACCAUAUGAUGUCUUUGUUGGGUGAGCGUGGUUUUCUCAAAGAAUGCUUCUUUCUCUUCCGUGAGCUUGUUUGGAUGGGGGCUUGUUUAUCUGAAUGCUCUUUCUUGGGUGUAUUCUCUAGUGUAUCUUGUGAAAGUGACUUGGAAAUUUGCAAACAGGUGCAUUGCUCAGCAAUGAAGAAAGGGUUGGAUUGUGAAGGUUUCAUUGCUAACUCUCUCAUCAGUGCGUAUGGAAAAUGUGGUAAGAUAAAUAUGGCAGAGAGAGUGUUUGAAGAGGCAGCUUCUUGUGACAUUGUGUCGUGGAACGCCGUGAUUGGUGCAACAGCCAAAAGUGAAAACCCUUUGAGAGCACUGAAACUCUUUCUAAGCAUGACAGAGCAUGGGGUUUCCCCGAACCAGGGCACAUACGUUACUGUUCUUGGUACCUCUUCACAGAUGCAGAUGUUGAGUUUCGGAUGCCAAAUUCACGGCACGCUUAUCAAGUAUGGCUGCGAAACUGACUUGUUUUUGGGGAAUGCUUUGAUUGACUUUUAUGCAAAGUGUGGUCGUCUGGAAGAUUCCCGUCUAUGCUUCGAUUCGAUACGUGAUAAGAACAUUGUUUGUUGGAAUGCACUGCUUUGGGGUUAUGCCAAUAGAGAUGAUCCCGUUUGUCUCUCUUUGUUUCUUCAAAUGUUUCAAAUGGGUUUCAGGCCAACUGAAUAUACUCUUUCGACCGCCCUCAAACCUUGUUGUGCCAUAGAGUUACAACAGCUGCAUUCUGUUAUUGUGAGGAUGGGCUAUGAAGAUAAUGACUAUGUGCUAAGCUCUCUUAUGAGAUCAUACGCCAAGAAUCAGCUGGUGGAUAAUGUUCUUCUUCUGCUGGACUGGUCAAGCGAGCCAUCUUCUGUGGUACCAUUGAACAUUGCCGCUGGAAUAUAUAGCAGAAGGGGCCUAUACCAUGAAUCUGUGGAGCUGAUUUCGACACAAGAACAACCCGACACUGUAUCUUGGAACAUUGCAAUUGCGGCUUUUUCUCGUUCUGAUAGCCACGGAGAGGUUAUCGAGCUUUUCAAACACAUGCUUCAAUCAAACAUCCGCCCUGAUAACUAUACAUACGUUAGUAUCUUAAGCGUGUGCUCUAAGUCUUGCGACUUUACGCUUGGAAGUUCUAUUCACGGUGUAAUCACCAAAAGAGAUUUCAGCAGCGCCGACACAUUUGUUUGCAACGUCUUGAUUGACAUGUAUGGGAAAUGCGGAAGCAUUGGGAGUGUGUUCAAAGUAUUUGAAGAAACAAGAGAGAAGAAUCUCAUUACAUGGACGGCACUGAUUUCGUCCCUUGGCAUCCAUGGAUAUGGACAUGAGGCACAUGAAAAGUUUCAGGAAAUGCUAACUCUGGGUUUUAAGCCAGACAAUGUUUCUUUCAUCUCUAUACUAACUGCUUGCAGACAUGGUGGCAUGGUAAAAGAAGGAAUGGAGUUGUUUCUGGAAAUGAAAGAUUAUGGAGUUGAACCAGAAAUGAUUCAUUAUCGCUGUGCCGUUGAUCUUUUGGCCAGAAACGGUUUCUUCAAGGAAGCUGAGCAACUGAUUUGUGGAAUGCCUUUCCCUCCAGACGACACUGUAUGGCGUACUUUUCUUGAUGGCAACAAAUUUGCAGAAGAACAGAAAAGCACUCUCAGUUUCGCCUCUGUCCAGUAG